CCGUGUAUUCGCUCUCUGUCGGUUUGCCCGUACGGUUCAGCGGCGAAAAGCGUGAGCGCGUGUGUGUGUUUGGCAAAGCACAUAGAAAGACGUGAAGUGUGUGUGCGUGCGUGUGGGUGCAUGAGGCUUCACGCACGACCGCCGUGUGUGCGUGAAUGCUUGUUUAUGUAUCGGACACAUAAAUGCGUGUGUGCAUAAACCAAACCGUCUCCGUAAGUCAUCGUCGUUUCGUCGAGGACACCGAAAAAUGAUAUGACAACACAGGCAAACGGUGUAAAAAAAGUUCUAAUAAUAGGUUAAUGAUUAAAAAAGCGGAAAAACACAACCAAGACCCAUCCUCAACUCGUCGGAUGCGUGGAGCGUAGAGUGUUUGUUAGUGAAAAAAAAGGCAAAUAUUCCCAUUUCGGGAACAUAAUACAAGUUCGGUGCAAUCGUGUGUUGUGUUGCUCCUGAUUGUGUGCUGGCGUGUGUACAUGUGUGUAUUUUAUGUGUAGUGUUGUAGUGCCGUUGUACAAAGUAAUGUAAAAAAAAGUAUGUGAAGUGAAUGUGUGUAUAGCGCCAAACCGGGAUAGAAAAUCAACAUCACUUAAAUAUUGGCAGCCCAAGCGCAAGGAAGGUCCCUCUACGUGCAGUGUGUUUGUAAAGUGAACGAUCGAUCGUGCGAUCGAUCGUGUUUAAAAAAAAAUCGUCCAGCGGAGGCGGGAGUGUUAAGGGUUCAGUAAGCGCGUCAAGUAGCCGCGGCAGCACAACAGCUGCCGCCGCAAUAAAGCCGUCAAAAUUGGCCGAAUGGAUAAGGACGGGGAGAAGAAGGGGGGCGGCGGCGACAAGAAGGGUGGCGGCGGGCAGGGCGGAACCGGUCUGGGAGGCGCAGCCGGUGUUAACGAUCCGGCCGCGCUGCUAGAUGCCGCCUCACUGUUCGCGUACUGGGGACGGGAUCCGUCAGCGAUGGCGGCCGCCGCCUCCAAUCCACUGUUCGGCUCACAGUUCGGUAUGCCCGGAGGGCUCGGCGGACUGAUGCCGAACGCCGGUUCCGGUUCCGGCAGUGGCAACGAUCGAUUUUCCAUGUCCCACCACAACCAGAACACGAUGGCGGUGGCUGCGUCUCAGGCCGCCUCACUGGCCGGUUUGCACAAUAGUUGGUGGUCGAUGGCACAGUUGGCAGCACAGGAUUACUUCGCCCGUCUGCAAGCAUCCGGCAUGUCCCAGCUACCGUUCUCCCAUGAUCUGGCCGGCGCAUUCCCGAGUGGGCUUGGGCUCGGUGCCAUGAGUGCUGCUGCCGCUGCCGCCAUAGCCGGUGGUAACACCGGUGCUGGUGGGGCAGGUGGUGGAGCAGGUGGUGCUGGCACCGGCGGUAGUGGGUCCGGUGGAGGAGGCUCCGGGAAGGGUGGAUCGGGCGGUGGGAAGGGCAAAAAGCGUGACCGGAGUAGCAACAGCAACAGCAGCAAUGCCAGUUCCGGUGGAGGUGCCGGUGGUUCGUCGGGUGGUAUGGGUGGUGGCCUAGGUGCUGGCGGAAUGGGUGGCGGAGUCGGAGGCAACAACAACUCCUCGUACAAGAACUCACCAUCCCCCUCCGCAUCGCAAUCCUACAAACAGUCCCUGUACAGUCAGGCGACCUUGCACAAGGAGCUAAUGGCGAUUACGGCAGCUGCCGCCGCUGCCCAAAACCAACAGCAUUCCGGUGGAGGAGGCGGUGGUGGUGGCGGCGGAGGUGGCUCUAGCAGUCAACAGUCCCAGCAGCAGCAACAGCAGCAGCAACUUCAGCAACUUCAGCAACAUCAGCAGCAUCAGCUCGCCAGCCUCGGUAUGUUGGCCGGCCUGGGUGGAGCUGGUAACAGUAGUGGCGGCGGCGGUGGCGGUGGUGGCAACUCCAGCUCCAAGCAAAAGUCAUCCUCCGGCAGUGGGUCGUCCGGUGGUGGUGGUGGCGGCGGAUCGUCCUCGUUAGCAUCCUCGUCGCCGCACGGUGCGAGCCGACUGAUUGGGAACGAUUCGAUAUCGAUCACGCGCGGUUCCAGUUCACCCUCGAUGAGCUCCAGCAAGCAGCAGCCAACGCCCAGCGUUACCAUCAGUGCCAGCCACGGGAAUCCCGGUUCCUCGUCCUCCUCCGCUGCGUCGCAGCAACAGCAGCAGCAGCAGAACCAUCUACAGAACCUGUCGUCCUCGUCCCGAUCGUCGAAGGAUAUCGGCGGCAAGGGAGGCAACAGCAGCAGCAACAACGCCAACAACAACAACAACAGCGGUGGUGGUCCUAGUGCGGCCGAUUUAGGUCUGAGCGCGUCCAUGAACGCCCUGAGUACACUGUCGCAGUUUAAUAAUCUCGACCUGACGACGCAGCAGAACAUGACGGCCACGAUGAAUGCACUGGCAGCGAGCCAGGCCAAAGCGAAGGACUACAUCUCCUCCGGGAUACUGAAUGAUCCUUCGUCGCUGCUCGGCGUACGGCUACCACCGGACACGGAGAUCAUCAAGUACACCUCAUCCAUCGUGGGGCCCAAGGUACCGGGCACGACCGGCCGUGGACGUAAGAAAACCAUUUCGUUAGAAGACAAUUCCAUUUUUGCUCAAAUGCAUGGUUUAAGUGCAGCCAAGCGCCAGCGACUGGAGCAGAACGAGUACGGCAGCGGCGGUGGCAGCAACAGCGGUGGCACCGGUGGCGGAUCGCAUCUCGGGGCGGGCGGUGGAGGCUCGGGCGCGGGACUGCUGCCACCCGGUCUUUCCCACCACCAUCAUCAGCUCGGAAGCAAUGGUGGAAUCGGUGGGCUAGGCCCAGGACCGACCGGUGCUGGUGGCGGAGGAGGAGGAGGAGGAGGAGGAGGAUCGAACGACCGCAUAGAGGUCAUCAAGCUGCCACCAACGAUCACCUCGAACGGGGUGUACAGUGCCGGUAAGGGCGCGGGUAAAGACGCCAUGGUGGAUCAUAUGAACGAAUGGUCCGGACUUAAUCUCAGUGCGAAAGGUGCCGGUGGCUCAUCGACGGCAGCGGCCACCAUCGUAUCGUCGCUGACGGUCGCGGGCGGUAUGAACAGCAGCGGAAGCAACAAUCAAUCCUCGGGCAUGCUCGAGCAAGACGAUGCACCGCUGAAUCUGUCCAUGAAGCCGUCGAAAUCGUCCAGCGAAGGCAUGCGGAGUGAUUCAACGCAUUCCGCAUCCUCAUCGUCUCCUGCCAUGUCCGGUGCUAGUGCGAACAGUUUGCAAAGCUUAAGCACCAUUACGGCGGCACUCGGUGGUGGAAGCGGCAGCGGGAACGAUUCUGCCCGAUCACGCCGAAAGUCCGAUAAUAAAAACCGGCGUAAUGCGGCGGUGGCAGCGGCAACGGCGGCGGCCGCUGCCGCUGCCGCCCUCGGGGCCGGUUCCCUCGGGCUGGACGGGAGCGUCAACAUGAGCCUGGCGUCGGCAGCAGCUGCGUACGCGGCCGCCUCGCCCGUCUCGACCAGUACGGGCUUUUGCACCGGUACGAACAGCACCAGCACGCUCAACUCCCUGCUGAUGGCCUCGGUUGGGACCGGGUCCGGUACCAACACCAUCACGACCGCGACCAACACCACUACCAGCAGCGGCAGCGGCGGUUCCACGUCUACGGCUGCUGCUGCUGCCGCCACCGCUGCCAACCAUCAGCUGAUGGCGGCCCAGCUCGGCUUCAACAGUUCGCUGUCCGAGCUUUUGAAAAUCUCCAAUUACGAGGAGUACGAUUAUGCAUCGCUCGGCGGAUCUCAAUUCAAGGAAGGACGUCCGCGCAAUCUUGGCCGCGGUGUGUCAAAGCCGAAGAAGAAUACCGUUGCCUCGCUGUUGGCGCAGAGCCGUGCCGUUGGAUCGAAACCACUGACGGCGCAACAGCUGCUAACACAAGACGCAGAAAUUGAAAAGCUACGACAAGCGAUGCUGGAAGCGAGUCGAAAUCAAUCCAUGGACAAUAGCACCUCGAACACCAACACCGACACCGAAAGCAUCUCCGAAAGCGGCAUGUCCGAAUCGGAGGGCGAAGAGCACAUCAAUCUGAAGGAGCUGCGUGUGCCGCUCGAGAAGGGUUGGAAGCGCGAGACGGUGAUCCGUGGACUGACGCGAAACGGCCACAUUAAGGGCGAUGUGUACUACUACCCACCGCAGAGCGUGAACAAGAUGAAGGGCAUGAAUCAAAUUCAGCUGUACUUAGAUCAAUUCAAGCCGAAGGAUCUGAAUCGUGAUAACUUUAGCUUCUCGGCGAAGGCCAUCGUCGGCACGUUCCUGCAGCCGGCCCCACCACCGUACGCGACGGACGGUGAAUACAUCAAGAUGACCGACGUGGAGGUGAGCCGACGGUUGGAAGAGCUGAAAAUGUUCACCCGGCAUGCGGGCCUCGGGGUGGAGCAAAGGAUCGAGAUUGCGAAGCAGCAGCAGGCCCUCCGGGACGCUAAAAAGCUGGCCAAGGAAGAGAUGAACAAAAACAAGGAAAAGGCUCGGCAGGCAAAGGAAGCGGAGCGAAAUGAACGGUUGGAGCAGCAGCGCAAGGAGCGAGAACUGAAAAAUCAACAGGCAAUGGAGGCGAAAAAGAAGCGCGAAGAGGAACUGGCGCGCCAAAAAGCCGAAGAAGCUGCACGAAAAGCUCAGGAAAGAGAACAGAAACGGCAGCAGGCACUACUGCAAAAGGAACAGGAACUUGCCAAGCAGAAGGAGUUGAUGUAUGCAAUGGAAAUGGAACGUGAACGACGAAGGCAACACAUGGCGCUGAUAAAACAGUUGGAACUUCGUCGCAAGUUCGAAGAGAAGGAAAAGAAGAAACACCAGGUGAUUUUGGACAAGUUGAUUCAGCGCGAGAAGAAGCUGGUGAUGAGAAAACGGGACACUAACAUUCUCGCCGAAUUAAGAAAACCGCAAGAAGACUCGGAGAUUGUGGAUCAAACGGUGUUGCCUGCCUUUUCCCGAAUUCCUGGCCUGAAGCUUACCGGCACCGGGUACGCCGAUCUGCUGAUGGUGUUUGAGUUUUUGCACAACUUUGGCGAAACGCUUGGUUUUGAUAUGGAAUCACUGCCGAACCUACAAUCGCUGCAUCACGCACUCACGGCGGAGAAUGCGAUCGACGCCGAGGAGGAGCUGCUCUCCGUGAUGACGCAUCUGCUCGUGUGUGCGAUAGAGGAUCCGGGCAUUCCGAACCCCGGGCGCCAUACCACGCUGCUCGGACAGACGCUCCGCCAGGCCGACAUUACGCACACGAACGUGUCGGAGAUACUGCGCAUCUAUCUGUACGCCGUGGCGACGGGUGAGGUGAAGCUGCAGUCCGGCAUCAAUCUCGAGCGCGACCGGGACGCACCGUCCAAGCAUCAUCUAGUCAAUGACGAGGAUUUCAAGAUGUGUAGCACGAAAAACUCGCAGUUCUACGAGCUGCUGGCCGAGAACGCACGCUACAAGCUGUCGGAGCUGCUGAAGGACAAACCGUUCGUGGCGCUCAAUCCAACGACCAAGACGGAAAUUCUCGCCAUGCUGUGUAACGAUCUGCUGAUGAACAAAGCGGUGUGCAAGCAGAUCGACAGCAGUCUGGAGGCGCAGGCGCAGCUGAAAAAGGAACGGUACCUGUUGGACAACAAAAUCCGGAAGUACAAGAUGCUGGUGGCGCGCAAACAGCGGCUGGAGCAGUACGAAAAGGCACAGCAGGCAGCGCUCGAGAAGUCGCUCUCGAUGAAGGCGGCGGAGGAAGCGAAAAGGGCGGAGGAAGCGGCGGCAAUGGCAGCGGCGGCUGCGGCGGCCGCUUCCGCUGCGUCCGCUGCGACUACGCUUGCGGAGGAUGGAGUCGUCGUGGUAGCGGAUAGUGAGGCGAAGCUUCCCGACGGUGCGUCAGGCGAUAAUUCCUGCGAGGUGGUUGAGAAUGGUACAACGAUGAAGGACGCGAGUGCUGCACCGUGUGCUGUCGAUGGGGAAGGAUUCAAUUCCGUUCCACCACCAUCAGCAGGAGCAGCAGCUGGAGGAGAGGGAGGAUGCCAGUCGGGCGAGCUAGAGGAAGGUGAAAUCGUCCAGAAGAAAGAUUUCGGUGCGGAAGGACACAAGACUGAUGAUGAAGAUGACGAUGAUGAUGACGAUAACGAUGUGGUGGAAAUCGUCCCAAUGCCUGUGACGUGUACGGUGACGGAAGACUCCUGUCCCAACACCGUUCCAGCGUCGACCGAUGUGGAUGGAGAUGGGAAUGAGCAGCAGCCCAAGCAGGACACCGCCACUGUGACUGAAUCGAGUGAACUCAUGGAUACAUCCGCGGCGGAACCAACUGGGCCACACGAUCAAAACCACACGGAAUCCAUGAACGGUAUUGAAUCUACCGCGGCGGCUGCUGUUGCUGCUGCUGGUACGCCUGAUGACAGCUGUACAAAUCGCAUCGAAGGAAACGGCCCUAGCGUAAGAAUGGCGGAACAUGAGGAAGUACACCACGCGCCGCCAGUCACUCCUCCACCAUCACAGCUGCCUCAGCAGGCCGCCGUCCAUCCUGUUUUGCAGCACAGCAAAGCAAUGAUGCAGCUCGAACCGGGUGAAAUACCUCCACCGGGUAUGGAUAUCUCGGCGCUAACGGGCACGCGUCACACCGAAAUUCCGACCAUAUCCAUCUCUUCCACACCGGAGGAAAGUCCUGCCAAGCUGGGAGAUGCCGAAACGCCCAACGGUGGUGUGUUUAACAUGCCCGGAAAACCGGCAGGCGGGCCGGAACUAACGAACGGAGAACAGCAGCAGCAGCAGCAGCAGCAGCAACCACAACCAUCACCGCAAGUGCAUCAGAGUCAAGCGAACAACUCUGCAUCCGAGUUGGAGCUGUUAUCGAAAUCGAUCAUCAACGAUCACGCGACGUGCGGUGAUCGUACGGACGAGGAUAACAGUGAUCUGGAGAGUGAGGGCACGCAGCUAGAGGAGGACGAGGAUGCGCAUCUGACUGCGGAGGAAGCACAAAGGAAGUACGACAAGAUACUGGAGACUUCGUUCCAGAACAAGCAGCAGCUGGAGAAUGCUUUGAAUCAGCUGCGGGUGAAAUGCUUUGGACAGGAUCGGUAUUGGCGUCGGUACUGGAAUCUGGGCAAGUGUGGUGGCAUCUACGUGGAAGCGAUGGAAUCUACCCAGCCCGAGAUGUAUCGGUACGAGAAUGCACUCGAGGAGCUCCAGAGCAGGCCGGACUAUGUGCCGAAGUAUGCGCCCGCAAUCAAACCGGAGAGUGCGGUUAAACCGGAGCAAGUGGUCGACGUAAACUGCAAAAAGGAGGAGCCACAAGAAGAUGGUGGUGGUGGAGAGGUGGUUAAGGAGGAAGGUGCGGCACAGGGCAUGAUGAAGCAGGAGCAUCCAGCAGCAGGAGGACCAGUGGAGGACCGCAAGCGUAAGCGCUGUUCGUCGGUGUCGGUGAAAAAGCUGAAGAAAAAGAAAAAGAAGCAGCGAACAACGUCCGAGGGCGGUGGAGUGUUUGGUGGCAGUCAAGGUGGGUCCACAGCCGGUGGGUACAACGAAGGGGAGGAAGAUGAUGGUGAUGAUGAGGACGAGGAAGAUGGUGCCGAUGAUGAGGACGACGAUGAUUGUUCGCGGACGAGCUUCGGCAACGGGCCAGCCCUGGAGGACGGUCGUACGGCAGAUUCGCAGUCGGAUGAUUGCAAGAUCAUCGACGAACCGGAGGUGGUGUUGAAGGAAAGCGCAGGGGACGAUCAUAUCAGAGGUGCGAGCGACGGUGCGAAUGGUGGUGGUGGGAACACGGACGCUACGAUGCACGUGGACGGCAAGAGCGAUCAACCGAGCGAACCUGAGUCUCAACAGGAGAAUCAUAAGCCGGUGGCGGAAGACGAUCAGACGCCGGAAACGCCGAGCGGAGGUCAGAAGAAAUCCGAGGAUCAGCUUAUGGACAUUGAAGAUUCGAUUCCGACGGCGAUCCUGGUGCAGAAGGGCAACGAUCACGACGAGACGAAAACGGUCGAGGUGAACAAUCAGAUUGGUGGCGUGAACGUGUCACCACACGCGCCUCCAUCGGCCACUGCUGCUGCAACUGCAACAGCUACGGGACCACCGGCGCCGGUCACCCAUGAGGAUGACGACGAUUUGACGAUGGUGGUGCAGGAUGAACCUCCGACAAUUACAAUCCCCGACGACGACACGGAGAGUGGCGAUCGGAUGACGGGCGCGGAUCGACCGGAGGGUGGUGACGGUGUGGAGCAGGAUGCCGGUGGCAACCGAGCCGAGCACGAACAAGCAUCGACGGUGGGCGAGGGUAGCAUGAACUGUGAUAUGAAGCCAAAACUGAUGGAGAACGGUGUGGAGCUGCGGGAUCCGUGCGAGAUGGUCGAGUGCCAGCUGCAGGAGAUGGACGACGACGAGGAGAUAGUGACCGGAGCACGGGCGAACAAUGGCCGCAGCAGCAGUGGUGGUGGCGACUGCAAGCCGACGAUUGCCGCGGGCGAUAAUGGGGGCGUGGCUGAGCGUAAGCCGCGUACAACGACCACCACCUCGGUGAUCUCGUACGGCAGCGAUGUGGAGAUGAUUGAGGUUAAGGAGGAGGAGCCAAGUUGUGUUGGGCGCGCUCCAAUCACACCGGGCAGCUAUCUGUAUCUGCGCAACACGGACACGAAGCAGGAGAAGGAGUUUAGCGAUCAGCUGCUCAACCGUUGGUUCUCGAUCGUCGACAAGGAGCUGCCGCUCUCGAGCACGGAGUGUUCGCUGCCGACAAUCAACGGCAACACGCCCGCCUCGUUGGCGCGUCAAAUCUUCACCAACAUUACGUGCCGGGAGAUUUGCCAGAUCCAGGGCAACCGGUGGGACAUCGGCAACAACAUCCAGUUCUUCAGCGUUCCGCUGGAGAAGGGCGUCGAGAUCCACUUCCCCAACGAAUCGAUCCUGUCGAUGUCCGGUUUGGACGACGACGAGAUUAACGAGGUGAUUGCGAAGAAGAGCCGCCCGGAACCGUUGCAGCUGUCCGACAUGAAGCCGGCGUUCAAGCGGGAAACCAUCGAGUACUCGUACAGCCACCACCAUCCGAACCAGAUCCGGCUACGGGCGGAAAUGCUCGCCGAGGAGACGGCAGAUCCGGAGGAGUACGGCAACUUUUCGCUACCGGCGUACAUGACGCUCACACUCUCGAAUCUGACCGCGUACGUGCAGUGCGAUCAGUUUCAACCGCUGCAGAUGACACCCGAGGAGGAGAAGCAGCUGGAGGACGUGAAGCGGCACGGUGCACCGCAAAAAACCGAACCGCAGGUGGUGCCUCGCGAGUUCCGCUACGGCUGGUGGAAGAUUAACGACAUCGAGGAGCUGAACGAGCUGAUCAAGGCGCUGAAUCCGCGCGGCGUGCGGGAACGCUUGCUGCGGCAGAGCCUGCUCGAAUCGCUGGCCGAAAGCGUGAAUCUCACGACGCCGCACCAUGUGUCGCAUCCGCGCGCGGCCCCCCCACCGAACGGGUACAUCGAGCCGGAAGCAUGGAACGCGUGGAACCCGUCCAUCGCACGGCGUGUCGAGGUGGCGCUGCUCGAUCAGAUCGAAGCGAUGGAGGACAAGGUGGCGAGCGCGUCGAUGCAGGUGAAGGGCUGGCAGAUGCCGCAGCGCGACGGCGACAGCGAGAACGGUGGUGCGGUGGAGGACGUCACGAUCGAGAUGCUGCGCGAGCGGAUCCUGGGCCUGGAGGCGGCCAUCGAGCGCCGGUACCUCAAGCCACCGCUGGGAAUCAAGUCUCCCAUCCACAGCACCACCGAGGCGCAAAUGGCGGUCAUCGCGCAGCAAGAGUCGCACCAGAACAACUCGAACGUGUCGAACCUUUCCAACUGCUCGAACAGCUCCGCCGAGGAUGAGAAUCUCCCGAAAGGUCUGCUGUCAUGGCGCGACGCAGUAGAACGAUCCGUCACUACCGCACAACUCUCGAUGGCACUGUACGUGCUGGAAUCGUGCGUCGCCUGGGACAAGAGCAUCAUGAAAGCGCAAUGUGCGAAGGGGGGCAAGAAUGGAAACAAGAAAGCAGGCAACAAGACGAGCAAAAAGAAGAAUGGUGGUGGUGCAGUCGCAAAUCAGCACGAUUCGCCAGCAAGCAAGAAGGGCACUGCUUCUAAUAACAAUACUACUACCACUACCACUACUAACCUCUCGGGAUCCACCUGCGAAUCCGCAACGAUGGCGGCGGCGGCGGCAACGGGGACAGCGACGAUGAACAGCACCGGCAACAACGGCACGGCCAACGGCAAAGCGAAGAAGAAACCACCACUCUCGAAAUCCAAACUGUCUUCCCUUCUAUUGCAGAAUUGUCAGUUCUGUCAAUCGGGAGAGUCCGAGGAUAAGCUGCUGCUGUGCGACGGUUGCGACCGUGGCUACCACACCUACUGCUUCAAGCCGCGCAUGGACAAAAUUCCCGACGGUGAUUGGUACUGUUUCGAGUGUAAAAACAAAGCUACCGGUGAUAGGAAGUGUAUCGUUUGCGGAGGUCUGCGGCCACCACCGCUCGGCAAAAUGGUUUACUGUGAGCUGUGCCCACGGGCCUACCAUCAGGACUGUUACAUCCCGCCAAUGCUGAAGUAUCCGCGUGGUAAGUGGUACUGCCAGAACUGUGUCGCAAAGGCGCCGCCAAAGAAGAAACCGCAGCGCAAACCGAAGGAGCGCACCACCAACAACAGCUCGCAGUCGCUGCUGAACAGCUCGCUCAACAGCUCCCAGAACCAGUCGUUGAAUUCGUCCCACGAGGAUAUCGCGACGACCCCGUUAAGUCCAGCACAUUCAAUAGCGUCCACGAGUCAUGAAGAGUCGUCGGCGCCGCCGCCACAACCACAGCUACCACAGCCACCGCAUAGCAGUACGAUCGUUGGCCAUAUGCCGGGAGGAGUACCGGCUACCACCACACCAUCCACGUCCGGCUAUCAUCAUCAACUUCAGCAGCAGCAGCAGCAGCAACAGCAACAGCAACACCCGUUGCCAAUAGGCAGUGUCCCGGCGGUCGAUGAGAACAGUUACGCCAUGUGUCAUCCGCCCGUGCCCAAUGACGGCUCCUCAAUGCAACAGCAAUACUAUCAGCAGUUUUAUCAGCAGCAGCAGCAGACACCGUCCCAAUUGCCACCAGCAACACCAUCACAGCAGCCGUACUAUCCCGUGCCGACCGAAAGCAAUCCUUCGAUGGAGGAAGACCAGUCCAACUAUGCGGCGACAUCUGCGGCGAGUGAAUCCGAAAGCUAUUCCAAUGCACAGACCGAGGACGAGUUGCCGGCCGAAACGAGCGCCCCAUCUUCGCCACCAGCACCACCGAAACAGCUGGAAGCCGCCGGCUCACCUGCGCCAGCCGCCUGUAGCAGCAGCAGCAGCGUCAGCGAGUUUUACUCACCCCCAAGCAACGCGAUGAAUGCAUCCUCGUCGGUCAGCUAUCUGGAGUGUGGCGGUGGCGGUGGUGGUGGUGGUGCCGUGCUGGCGAACGAUGGUGAGGGAAGCUGUGGUGGUGGUGACUCAUCGGAGGAGUAUCAACCGCACCCGUCUCCGGUGAAGGAAGCGUUAAGUAUGGCCAGCAGCAGCAGCAGCAGCAGCAGCAGCAGCAACAGCAGCACUCCAAGCGAUCACCAGCGCAAGGAGCGAUCGAAGGAGCGCGAUGAGGCGAAGGAACGGGCCAAGCAGGAGAAGAAGGCGACGAAGCGAUUGCUGAAAGAGUUGGCCGUUUGCAAAACGAUCCUGGAGGAAAUGGAGCUGCACGAAGAUUCGUGGCCCUUCUUGCUGCCGGUAAACACGAAACAGUUUCCGACGUACCGCAAGGUCAUCAAAAGUCCGAUGGAUCUUUCGACGAUUAAGAAACGCCUCCAGGAAUUGGUGUAUAAAUCACGCGAGGACUUUAUCGCGGACGUGCGCCAAAUAUUCGACAACUGUGAAGUCUUCAACGAGGAUGACUCACCCGUCGGCAUUGCCGGGCACGGUAUGCGCAAGUUCUUCGAGCAGCGGUGGGCCGACCUGACGGAAAAGCACACCUCCUGAUAUCAUCAGCCGAAGGAAGAAGUGGUCGCCGUUGCUGGUGCUGCGAAUCCGCUGGAAGCUGCAGGGACGUUUCUAACGCCUGCUCUUCCACCACCGCCAUCAGCUUCACCUCCACCGGGCUCUCCUCCGCCACCUGCACCAUCAGCACAGUAUUGGAUGGAACCAGGUGAUAGCAGUGGCGAGGAUCAAUCGUCAGACAGCAGGCUGCACGCCGAUGACUUGGACGCUGCGGCUAGUGCACGAGACUGUAACGAAGCUGCCCACGAUCAGCUGUAAGCCCUCGAGCGAAUCAGUGAGAGAGAGAGAACCAGAGAGAAAAGACUGUGUCCGCCGCAGCGGUUUUGUUUUGGGUGGGUAUGCUGGCACACGGGCAUGAGGUGGGCCAGAAUUGGGGAGGAAAACAAACACUCACACUGUGUGAUUUUGGAACACAUCGAACAACGCUUUCUGAACUCGCCGAUAGAAAGAUGGAUUCCUCUUCUACAUCACAGCAAAAAAAGAAAAAGCAAAACACAUCGAUAAGGCCAUCUCUCGUAUUAAUGAUUUGUUUUUUUAAAUAGUUUUCCGUUCCGUUUUUCUCGAUGUGAAUCCGUAAGAUAUAUACUAGACGAGGUUUUUCUUUCGCUCACCUUCUUUGUGGUAAUGUGAAGCAACGUAUUUUUAGUUAGAUUUGCGUUCAGCAGAAAGUAUGCCGCCCAUCUUACAUCUCUUACACACAUGUACAUAGGUAGAAUCAAUACGAGCACGUACGAUCGUUAGAUAUUAUUUUCCUGCCACUAUCCGUUGCUUUUCCUAGUUGCUUUUAUGGAAAACGACGACGUGACGUGACGGGGGAAAAAGGGAGGAGAGAAAACUCAAGCUAAGGAUUUAUGUUACGUUUAAGGCAAAAAAGGAAAGAUUUCUCUUUUUUUUACUACACACACAUACACGCCGAAAAGAUGUAUUUAAAAAGAAUCAAUUAAGAGUACUGUAGGAUGGCAAUCGAGUGCGCGGGAAUCGUGUGUAUUGUAUUAUUAAUCUAAAUCCAUUACAAACAAAAAAAAAGGACAAGCGAAAGCAAAAAUCCGCCAUCGUUAUAGAGCGAGCGAGAGAAAGGUCACCAUGAGAUGAGAGGAGCUCACUGGACACGGAAUUUUCCCUUCUUUUUCCCUCGCUCAAUCGAAGGAAGGAAGAAAAUCGAGAACGAGACGAUAGAGAAGUAUUAAUUUUUAUUUAAGUUUUAGCAUCGAAAAUAGCGGAUGACCGACCGACCGACCGAAUGUGGGGUCGGGAAAGAUCUGGUGACGUGUUUGCACGUCUACACCCUUAGCCCGGCGGACCGCGGAUCGUUGAUCGGAUGAUAUAUUUAUUAAACCUGCCCCGGGAGCUGUGUAAGUGUGCUUGUGGAAAUAGACUGAAGGUGUAAAGGGACUAAUAAGCGAGCGACGAAACGAACAAGCGAUACAGAGAUUGUGCCCUGGUCGGGACAGCAGCAGCAGCAGCAGCAGCAGGAACAGAAUGCAAAUAGUAUUUUUUACCAACAACUUGCACACAAACACAGGACUAUAAUUUCGCAACGAUUGGGACGCAGGUUAACAGAACGGCUCGUCAAAGUUUUAAUUCUGUCUUUGCUGUACGGCAAAAUAGAUAUAUUUUUAUGUUUAACACAACAGAGAGUUCCUCAGGACAGUGACCGAACAAUGCCAGAUCGAUAGGGUAAACGAUGUGCGCGAGGGAUUGUGGAAAGCAGAUAGAUAGGUGAAGAGGAACCAGUAUUUCUUUAAACGUACUCCGUUGCGUUUGAUGUCAUCGGAGGGGGGCGGCGGCGUAGGGAAUCUCCCCUGGAAAGAAAUGACACGGAACGGAAGCAUUUAAGCAGCAAAGUAGGGCAAAAGAUGGUAGAUUGAAGGGGAAACACUUUAGAAUGCCAUCCUUUUCCGCUGGCAAAGCGGAAACAAAUAAACAAAAGAACAAUACUGACGUUGCGUGUUUCUUCUGUAGAAAGAAACGCAACAAUACAAUUUUGGAAAUGGCGAAGAGAUAAGAGAUAAGGACACGGAGAGAGAGACGUUAGGUGUGUAACGUUCUUGUAACGCGCGCCCAACACCUAUUAGCAGCACUACUCCUCGAUGUACUGAUAGUAGAAGUUGUAGUAGUAGUAGUGGGUUAUGAUAUUGCUGCUGCUGCUGCUGUUUGAUGACGAAGACGAGGUUGGUGAUGAUGAUCGUGUAGGAUUUUCUCCUUUUUGUAGAAAAAGUGUGUGCUGCUUGUAUUGUACUAUAUAGAGGGAGGGAAGCAGAGCGGGAGACGAAUUGUAUAAAUGAGAAGAGGAAGUAACUACACAAACCACACCGAUAGUUUUUGGGGUCGUUUGAAUGUAAUGAACUGCUUUUAAUUGUCUCCCCUUCCGUUGUGCUGUUUACACUUCUCAUCGAAAGAUUUGAUUAAAACAUUAAGCUCUUGUUCUUUUACCCAUUGCCGAUCACAAUUGCAGGGAACAUAUUUUCUUUCACUUAGUUGUAUGAACUGCAGAGAAAAUAAAACAAUCUGCAUUCGCGUUGCGUUUUGCCCUCCCAGAUGUGUUAUAGUGAUUGUAAAUAGGAAACACAAAAACUGACUAAGUAUUAACCAAGGAGGAUGAGGAAGGGACACAUUACUGUGCGCGUUAAAAAGAAAAACGUAAAGGAAAGGAACAACAGAAGAGCAGACAGCAGCAGAAAACGAAACAAAACAUAACACAACUUUCGACUCCGAAAACACGAUAAGCAAGCACUUAUAUAUACAGUUAAGGUAUAUUGAUAUUGAAGAAUAAAUGAUAAAUUAGUGAAAAAACUGAUGAAAACUUAA